UACUUCAACAUUCUAUAGCUAUGAUGGAGGAAUGCAAUAAUAAACCCUGGAUGUGCAGUGUUACGGGAGACUACUCUUUGAUUUUAGACAGAAUGAUCAUCUACAUGACCCCAACUCCACAAGAUGUCGUUGAAACGGGAGAUGACUUCUUUAGUGAUGAAGACAACUCUGCAAAUCCUGAACAAACAGAUGGUUUAAUUUCUUGUAAAUAUAUUUACAAAAGAGAUACGGAUACAGCAUCACUGGCAUCCCAAGGCAAUAAUGAAAACGUGGCAAAUUUUGAUGAAGUAGAUGGUUUACAUAAAAGGGAUUCGGGUUCGUCUACUUCGAGUAGUUCAAGCUGUGAAUCAGGCAGAGAUUCAAGGCCCAGAAUAAGGAGGAAAAGUAGAAAGUUCCAGAGUCUUUGGAGUCGGGAACCCAUUUUUAGCUUACAAUCUCUUAAAAAUCCCAGAGAUCGCACCGAUGUAUUUCAUGUUGUCUCAGAUGUUCACAGGGCAGUUCAAAAUGGAUUGCGGAAAAACGAUAGAGUCAUUGAAAUCAAUGAAAGAGACGUUCGACGUGAAAGUCCCCACAAUGUAGACAUUAUCUGGAGAGGCCUCUCCAAUGUAUCCAAAGUAAAAUUGAAAGUUUGGCGUUGGGAGGAGGAUAAAAAUGGUCCAAACAUUCGGGAAGUAAGGGUUGUUUUUCAUCCCGUGCAGCCGAACUGCCUCAUACGAGAGAUAUCAAAACUUUCACUAAGUGAUAAAAUACACAGAAAAGCGAAGAGUUUCACAUGGUCGGAAAUGCGAUUUUUACCAUUUCAUAUCCGUAUUGCCAGUGAAACAGGAAUUUAUGUAUCUGCCAACACUACAGACAUGUCAUUAUAUGGGGAACAAAUGGAAUUAGUGCCAGGAGACAUAGAUCGAUUUCGUUUCUCUGUGAAGUUCUUUAGCUGCAUUCUGGAGGACGAAGAUCAUGGGACAAAUGCAAGGGUUGGAUUUGUCGCUCAAUUUAUAGUACAAGAUACAUGUUUUGAUGUAUCUUCUGUCAUAGCAGAAUCAACUUCCUCCAUUAAACUGAAGCCACACGUUCCCUAUGACACAGACAACUUGGACGAACGGUUCAUAUUGAAGCUCGAAGUCCCACAGGAGGACAACUUUUUCGAGUCCUUGGCGUACAAAAACGUGUUUAUGAAAUACAACAAUGACUCAAAGAAGCUGUUGAUGCGUCAGUGCGAGGGUCCUGGACCAAAUUUCUUGUUCGAAAUGUUUGAGACACGAGGACCUAAUUUUGAUUCCACAUUGAACAUCUCCAGCAUAUCUGAUAUGGAAGCCGAUAUCUUUGUGUUUGAACCGAUCAAAGAAAAUGAUGAAAAUGGCGAUUGAAUUCAGUGGAAUAUUCUUUUCCUUUUGUAUUUAACGAUCUCAUUGUUCUUGUUUUAAUUUAAAAUUUAUUAAAUGUUUUGUACCAAGAUUAGUUAUUUCGUUCA